CCGCUCGUCAAGCUCGUCGGUCGAGGCUCGCAAGCGCUUGGACCGGGUUGCAAAGAUGCUCAACGACCUCAACUUACAUGUCCUGCCAAGCGAACACGAUGAUAACGACGAUGCGGAUGAGAUUUUCCAAGAUUCAAUUCACCACCAGCAGCGGAGACUCGCUCGGCCCUAUCCAAUUCCAGAAGCAGAUGUUGUUAUGAUAUGCGAUCCCUUCUUUGGGCCAGAAUUCGAGCGACUAGUGCACAAUCGCAUUACAGUGUUAGGUCCGCAAUAUUUAAUGUACAUGGUGCGAUCUGAGAAGCCCCUAUUUCCUCGAGGAGUCCGACCAGAGCACCCGAUCUAUUCAGCCGCAUUCACAGGUGUGGUGUGUUGUUGUACUCAAUUCGAGAACGCCGCUCGAGGGCAUCUCCGCACGCUGAUCCAAUACAUGAAUGGCGAGUUUAAUCCGGCAUUAACGAGCAAGGUGACCCAUGUCGUCUGCGCUCCGUCUGUCACAAGAUCAGAGAAAUAUCAAGUGGCGGUGCAGCUCGGCAUGCCCAUCAUGUCGGCAGAGUGGGUGGAAGAGACGUGGCGGCGGUGCGCUCUGAAACACUUCUUGGCGACCGAACAACCCGACCUCGUUGCUCUGCGUUUGCCAACGUUCACCAACUGCGUAAUUGCCCUCACUGGCUUUAGUGCGCAGUCCCGCUCGACCAUUCAGGAGCUCACGGUGGCGCACGGCGGGGUCUAUUCGCCCCAUGUUCAGUCCAGCACGACGCAUCUGCUCGUGCCCGCCAACCACGGACUUGUCCGUUCUGCAUCAGCCCUCUAUCCCGCGCCACUAAACUACCCAUUCCUGGAGGACGGUGACCAAGCGAACGCACUCGAGUCGGAAAAGGCCCGCCUCGCCCUCCAGCCUUCGGCGCAUAUGGUCAAGAUUGUCAGCGUUGAGUGGUUUGCCGACAGCAUUGCUGGGCACGUCUGCAUGUCAGAGGCCUCGUACGUUCCAGCGCGUGUCCAACAAAUGCGUGCCCAAGGUCUGGACUCUCCGCGUUUGAUGGACUUGCACGCGGAGGAGACGGUGAUGGAGGCGCCCGUUCAGUGCAACCCUUCGCUCUGGCUCGAAUCGGAUACCGAGCGCGCCGUGGCAAAUAAGACGCUGCACGACUCGUUUCUCGACGGCUGCAUUGUGUUCUUUUGGUUUGAUGAGGCGUCUCCGCGCACCAAUCUGCUUCGGCGCCUCCUUUUGGCUGCAGGCGGUCGGCGGUUCAACGACAUUACAGACGCAACCACGCACAUCCUCCUCGGCAAAGCGCCCAGCAACGACCUGCGGGAGUUUAUCGCGCGACACGACGCUGGCCGACGUGUUCAAGUGGUGGGAGCGCUCUGGCUGGCGUCGUGCAUUGCAGCAAGUUCCUGGCUGCCUGAGGAUGACUUUUGCAUUGAUUUGCACGCCGUUGAUCGCCCUGCACCAACAGCCGUCGCGCCAAAACUGCCGCAGCCCGCGAUGCUCCCCUCUGUUUCUCGGCCCGGCACCGCUGGACAAGGGCUUUCGCGGGCCAGCUCGUUUGCCGAUUCUGGCAUGCCCUUGCAGCGCGCAUCCAGCGUGUCCUUUCUCCAAACAGCAGCGCAGCAGCAAGCGGUCGCCAAUGUCACAGAUCUGGCCAAUAUGUUUAUGACGGCAGGUGCGCGACGCCCCUCUGUCGUGGCCGAAGUUAGACCAGCCGCCGUUGUGGCAACAGCUGCCGUUGUGACUACCGCUCCUCCUCCUCCUCCUCCCCGUGCGCAUGUUCGUGCUCAUGCAGUCCCGUCCGCAGCCGAUGCUUUUCUGCCGCUCAAGGAUAUGACCAUUUGCAUCUCCAUGUUUGAAAACCCUCGCGACCGGAACGCACUUCGCGACCAAGUCUCCCGGCUCGGUGGCCUAUUCACUGAACGGUUUUCUCGAAAGUCGGACGUUCUAGUAUGCGGCAGCCCGCAAGGAAGCAAGUUCGAGACGGCGGGUGCUUGGGGUGUGGUCACGGUGAGUCGCGCCUGGUUGGACAGCUGCGAAGACUCCGGGACGCGCGUUCCGUUUGAGCACUUCCCGAUCGCGCCACCGCCGGCCGUCGCCUCGGUAACGAGCGGCAAUCCAACAGCAGAGUGGGUUAACGGCGCGGCAGACGCGGCGCUCCACCAGCUGGACGACGGUCGUGGAAUCGCUGCCGCUCCCACUGUGACCGUUCUCUCGCAAGAGAGUGCUUCUCAACGAUAUGCGCCGUUGGUCGUAUCAACAGCAACGUCCUCUCGGGCGACAGCAUCCAUCCAGCCUGUCGCGGCAGCACGCAAAUCAGCGAGACGUGGGCGCAGCGCUGCAGCCAACUCAACCCAGGUUCCUGCCGCACAAGAACUGAACAUCAUCUCAUUGACCUCAAAACCGACGACUGCACUUCCGCCCAAGCCAGAGCCUGUCGAAGUAGACGCUCCUCUUGCUGCAGAGGCUUCAGAACACACGCCUCAGCAGCCAGUCACUCCUGGAAGCGGCUCUGGGAGUGCCGUGGAUUCGCUGCUCGUUGCCAAAGCGUUUGAAAAGCUAGCCGCCGCAUCCACAAUGCCAAAGAUGAAUACUCGGCUUCGAGCGCGCCGACUCUUGAGCACUACCAGUCGAAGCACCACCGCUGUGGAAGCCGCCAACAACUCAGCAGUCGCCCCAGCAGCUGGAGCCGACGACGAAAUGUCGCUUGACGAUGAUGGCUUGUCGAACGGACAGCACAGCAACGACGGGGCGGUUGCGAACGGCCCGUCUGGUCCCACCACGUUCCAAGCGGCAUUCCAGGCCCGCCGAGCCACCUCCACCUCGCCCGGCAUUGCAAACGCUGCGGUAGGGUACACGCGCACCUUUUCAAACGCGCACGAUCGGAGUGUCAUCUCCCCAACCAGCGCGCUUGCUGCGGGCGCGGCAGACCGCGAUGGGGUUGCACCUCCCGCUCUGCGGCUGUCUCGCGCCGAUAGCGCCGCUCAUGCAACGUCUGUCAGUGUGAUUCACGCUUCCCGCCGAGCUGGAAGUGCAGCCGUAGGCGUUGGAGUUCCUGGAGCCGGUAACGGAGGUGGCUACGAUGCGUACUCGCAAGAAGAGUCUGUGACGUACGACAAUCCCGAAUCCCGUGCACAACGCGAGAACAUGCGAGAGCAGCUUCGGCAGAGCAUCGCAGGAACUGCCGUCCCUUCGGCGGGGACAGACCUCGCAAACCUCCCCGCAAAUGCUGCGUUGAAUCGAGGAGGUGGGCCAGCGAGCAAAAGCACCGCCACGGCCGUGGCUCGCGGCGGCGGACGAUCCGCGAUCGCGCCCAACGAUGCACAUGCCGAAACCACUCGCCAGUCGCUCCACCAGCUGCAGUAUCACACACCAGGAGACAGCGCGCAAGACUCUGGACAGUUUGACUCGAGCCGCAACAAGCCACGAAUGUUCUUGCUGUCAGCCAUCGCCGAGGACGAAAAAGUCGCCUUGGCUGGUGUUAUCGAAUCGCUUGGCGGCAAGGUGUUGGUCACGGCCUACUAUUCGACCGCCUGCACCCAUCUGGUUGUGAGCACGCUCGGACGCAGCGAAAAGUACAUGGCCGCGCUGGCUGCCGGUCGCUGGAUUUUAAAGCCGAGCUACAUUUCUGCAAGUCGCGAUGCUGGGCAUUUUGUGCGUGAAGAGGACCACGAGUGGGUGCCUGAAUCGAAUACUCAUCACAGCCAUCAGGUGCUCCUCGAGCCGUGCCGCCGCUGGCGGUUGUUCCUGGAAAGAAAACCCGAGCUGACGGGCGCCUUUCAUGGGUGGAGAGUCAUGCUAUGUGUUGACCAAGAGCGUCAGCACGGCUUUCAACGCUUGCUCGAGGCAGGUGGUGCGCGUGUCACCUUUGGGAGCGCUGCUCGAAUUGCGCAGGCGAAUUCUCAGGCACUUGCCGAACCGGCAGCGCCCCUGCUUUUCACGCACGCAUUUGUCGACAUUACGCAGCACCACUUUGGUGCGCAUAACUUUGACGCUCUGGCAAAAUCAGGGACAGAGUGCCUCAAGCCAGAGUACAUUGCGGAUUUUCUCGUUCAGAAUCCACCACCGGCGCCCGAUCGCUUUCGCAUUUUCCAAAGUGGCUCGUCGGGGGUCAGCGACGGCAGUGCGGAGGGGUCGAGACGAAAACGAACAGCUGCUGCGGCUCAACUUGGCGGGGCGGACUCCACUUCACCUCGCACGCGCGCUCGUCGCUGAAUCCUUGUUGGUUUCGCUCGCUCUCCCUCUCUCCCUUGGAUAAUUGUGUGAUGGAGAACGAUAUCAACUGGUAUAUUUUUCAUUGUAUUAUUACAUGUUAAGAUGAAUCAAGUGGAGAUUUGUUUUGAUCAAUUUUAAAAGAGAUGGAG